AUGACCGAUCAAUGUUCUGCUAUGUCUGCUGCAAUUUCACAAGUUUUCCCAAGUGCAAGACAUAGACUUUGUAUUUGGCGUAUUGGAGAGAAUUCAAAAAAGCAUAUCAAAGGUUUAAGGAGUCAAAAAGGCUUUAUGGAGUUAUUUAAUCUUCUAUUGAAGUACACGAACACAGAAGCUGAGUUUGAAUUUUAUUGGAAUAGGAUGGUGACAGAGUAUAAGUGCCACACAAAUGCUUGGUUAGACAAAUUGUAUGAUAUUAGGGAGAAGUGGUGUCCUGCUUUUAGUAAAGAUUACUUUUCUGGAGGUAUUUUAUCGUCCCAACGAAGUGAGACUACAAAUCAUUCAGUUUCAAGAAGGUUAUCUAAAACAUCUGGGUUGUGUGAUUUUUAUAACUCUUUUGUCAAUGUGGUUUCUAAGUGGAGGAGUAAAGAGAAUGGAGAAGAUGUCCGGUGUUCUCAAGGGUUGCCUACAAUGACAUUGGAUCAUGUGAAGCUUCUUUUACAUGCUAGGAAUGUAUACACCAUAGAGAAAUGGGUAGAAAAUUGCAAAGGUUGGUUCUAUCAAGUCAAGACAAUUGCAAAGCUCGACAAGUCUGUGAAGAAAUUUUUGAAGAUGGUAGAAGAAGGAUUGAAGGUGAGGUUGGUCCAUUUGCUUUGA